GGUUUGGCGAGCAGGGGGGUGGGGGGGCUUGGGGGGCUCAGGCGAAGCCCUGGGCGAGCUCUGGACCACCGGCCUGUCGGAGAGGCCAAGCCGUGGCCCGAUCCUGCUGGCGAGGGCCGGGUGUCCCCUCGACAGCCCGGGGUGCCGGGAUCGGGCCCCCUCUCUUUGGUCGCCCCAUGCCGGUGGCCGUGGCCCACGUCCGUGGGGAGAGCGGGACCGACAUCACCGUCAAGGACCAGCCUCGUGACGUUGAGAUGGUGUCAACGCCGUGGGAACCGGCUGGGUCUUGUGCAAGGGGUCUGUGGAGGAACUUGGCCGGCAGCGAGCCCCUUCCUUCCCCUUUGCUAGGAGAGAGCCCAGCGCCCUGCCCUGCUGAGCCGAGCUGAGCCGAGCCGAGCCGUCACGGAGCAGGACAUGGGAAUCACCAUGGCUCUGGUGACGUGGGCACUGCCUCUCACCUACUUGAUGCUGUUUCUGCUCUGGAGAUCCCCAGGUGCGGGUGCCCAGGUGAGUCCGGACUUCGAGCUGCAGCAGCCCCAGGACAAGGUGUCGGUGGCAGCGGGGGAGACGCUCACCCUGACCUGCACCACGUCUGCAGCCGGUCCCCUCGGCCCCGUGAAGUGGCUGAAGGGCUGGGGCGAUGGGAACGAGACCAUUUAUGACCAGGCGGUUGCCGUCCCCCGCGUGACGCGGAUAGUGAGUAUCUCCAACACAGACUUCAGCAUCCACAUCAGGGAUGUUCGCCCCGAGGAUGCUGGCACCUAUUACUGCGUGAAGUUUGACAAACGGGUGGUCGGUCUUGAUGUGUUUCGACGUGGAAAGGGCACGGUGGUGUCCGUGCACGCCAAACCCACCCCCCCAGUUGUGUCUGGACCCGACAACAGAACGGGGCUGGGGCAACGGGUGCCUUUCACCUGCACGGCCGGAGGGUUCUUCCCCAAAGAGAUUGAUGUGAAAUGGUUCAAGGACAAGGACCGGAUCUCAGUUCAGCCACCCAGUAUCACCCUUGGGCAGACGAAAUCCUCCUACGACAUGUCCAGCACUGCGGUGGUGACACUGCAGAAGGACGAUGUCCGCUCGCAGCUCAUCUGUGAGGUGCAGCACUCCACGCUGACGGCCCCGCUGAGGGGGAUGUACCAGCUCAGGAAAGCCCUGCGAGUUUCCCCCAAAGUCAGCGUGGUCGCUGGCGUGCCGAGCCCCGUUGAGGUGGACAAGACCAUGAACUUCUCCUGCUACGUGGAGGGGUUUUACCCAGGAGAUGUGGCCGUCACCUGGCUGGAGAACGGGAUGGAGAUAAAGGUGGAGAACAUCUCCCAGCCAGUGGAGACCCCCCGGGGCUUGUUUGAGCUGAGGAGCCUGGUGGAGGUCCAAGCAACGGAGGAGAAGAACGGGUCCGUGUUCACCUGCCGAGUGGUGCACGAUGCCCGGGGCCCCAUCGACAGCACGGCCACCCUGUGGAUCACUGUUGCAGCCAAGGGGGAAUUGAGCGACAGGACCCUGACAGAUAACGGUGUGUGCCUCCUGUACUGCUCUGGCUUGUGGCUUGGCAUCCUGCUCGAGAAGGGGCUUCUCGGCGGCCUCCUCAUCUUCCUCUUCAAGCGCGCAAGGGCAUGAGGAAGGAAACGCCGGGGCCGACCCCUCAUCCCACUCCGUGUCGAUCCCCGGUUCCUCAGAUCACAGCGCCGGGAGCGGGUCCCGGGACUCGGCUGCCACCGGCUUUGUCGUGUA